UGAUCCCCACAUGCUCUAUAUCCCAUGACACACGUCCAUCUCUGGAUAACAAUAACACCAAUUUUUUUUCUUCCUCCUCUUUUGACCAAACAUGAAACCCACGGCAACAUUCUUCUUUCUCCUUCCUUCAACAACACUCGUUGUUUGUCUUUGCCUUGGAAUUGGAACAACCACCCUCUUUAUAACCCUCCUCGCAAUUUCCCUUAACUACUGGCUUGUCCCUGGAGGCUUUGCAUGGAGAAACUAUGACUAUUAUCAAACCAAAAAAAAACUUACUGGGCCUAUGGGCUGGCCCAUACUCGGGACUCUGCCUCUCAUGGGCUCUUUAGCUCACCAAAAACUUGCGGCUUUAGCCACUUCGCUGAACGCAAAGAGGUUAAUGGCGCUGAGUCUGGGCCCCACUCCCGUUGUUAUAAGCAGCCACCCCGAGACCGCUAGAGAAAUCUUGUUGGGUUCAUCGUUUUCGGAUCGUCCGAUAAAAGAAUCGGCACGCGCUCUCAUGUUCGAGCGUGCCAUUGGUUUCGCUCAUUCAGGAACCUACUGGCGGCACCUACGUAGGAUCGCGGCGUUUCAUAUGUUCUCUCCGAGGAGGAUUCAUGGCUUGGAGGGUCUCCGACAACGCGUGGGUGACGACAUGGUGAAGAGCGCGUGGAGGGAGAUGGGGGAGAAGGGGGUGGUGGAGGUUCGGAGGGUAUUUCAGGAAGGGUCACUUUGUAAUAUUUUGGAGAGUGUUUUUGGAAGUAACGAUAAGAGUGAGGAGUUGAGGGAUAUGGUUAGGGAAGGGUACGAGUUGAUUGCGAUGUUUAACUUGGAGGAUUAUUUUCCCUUCAAGUUUUUGGAUUUUCAUGGGGUGAAGAGAAGGUGCCACAAGUUGGCGGCUAAGGUUGGUAGUGUGGUGGGCCAAAUUGUGGAGGAACGAAAAAGAGAUGGUGGUUUUGUUGGGAAGAAUGAUUUUCUUAGCACUUUGCUAUCCUUGCCCAAAGAAGAAAGAUUGGCUGAUUCAGAUCUGGUGGCUAUUCUGUGGGAAAUGGUAUUUCGAGGAACAGACACAGUUGCAAUACUCCUUGAAUGGGUUAUGGCAAGGAUGGUUUUACACCAAGACUUACAAAAGAAAGCCCGCGAAGAAAUCGACACGUGCGUCGGCCAAAACAGUCACGUGCGAGACUCGGAUAUUGCGAAUCUCCCUUACCUCCAGGCCAUAGUGAAAGAAGUUCUCCGGCUGCACCCACCAGGCCCGCUACUAUCAUGGGCUCGCCUUGCGGUCCAUGAUGUCCAUGUGGACAAAGUCCUCGUGCCAGCUGGCACAACAGCAAUGGUUAACAUGUGGGCCAUUUCGCAUGACUCGUCCAUCUGGGAAGACCCAUGGGCUUUCAAGCCCGAGAGGUUCCUCAAAGAAGAUGUUUCCAUCAUGGGAUCGGACUUGAGGCUUGCACCCUUCGGGGCUGGACGUAGGGUGUGUCCGGGCCGGGCCUUGGGCUUGGCCACGGCCCAUCUCUGGCUCGCGCAACUUCUUCGCCACUUCAUAUGGCUUCCCGCACAGACCGUGGAUCUUUCCGAAUGCCUUAGGCUUUCCAUGGAAAUGAAGACACCUCUGCGAUGCCUAGUGGUUCGUAGAUAAAUAAAUAAAAAAUCGUAAGCCCUUGAACCGAACCAUGUUUAAUGUGCAAUUAGGAUGAUCGAGCUUUGUAUCUGUUGUUUGAUGUUAAAUUUGGUACUCAAAUAUCUAGUGAAAUAUUUAGAGAUGAGUUUAUCGUAUAAUUAGGGAGCUUAUCUCUAAGUUUUAUUUCACUUUAUUUUUAAAGGGUAUCAAAUUAUUAAAAUAAAUAUCUAGUGCCAGUUGACUAGAGGUGGGUGUAAGAAGAGAGUGGCUUAAGAAGGCUUUAUGUAUCUUUAAAUUGUAAAAUGUAAAUUACUGUAAUGUAAUGCAUGCAUUUUUCUUCUUGUUUGUU